CCUCCUCGCUCCUCGAUCUUCGCUCCUCCGAGCCGCAAUACGCGCUUUGGGACGGCCGACUAGAUGGCGGACCAGGAGUACUUCCGGUUCGAGCGAGGAUCGAGGAGCGAAGACACGACAUUUUUGAGAAAUGAGAUGCACCCCGACACUGCUUACUGACUCGACUUUUGACCCUUGGCCGGACGGCUAAUCUCGCGAGAGGAGUCUCGGAGUUUCGUCGAAUGUGUUCAAACUGACUGUCUUGCCCUUCACCGCUUUAUAACCGUCAAAAUUUCAGUAUUUCACCAGCAACAAGUGAGCGGCGUUUAUCCCGGUUCAGGGCUUAAAUGAAAGCUGUAAUUCUCGCCGCCGGGUACGGAACCAGGCUCCAGAGGGAUGUGGUGGCCGACCGCAGCGGGAGGUUCGCUCACCUGGCCGGCACUGCCAAGCCGCUGCUGCCCGUGGGACGGUGCGCCUUGAUAUCCCACUGGGUCCAUUCACUGACCGCCUCUGGCUGCGUGGACUGCGUUUAUGUCGUCACCAAUGCUCUUUAUCAUGCUGCAUUUGAGGAGUGGGCAUCACAUUUCACAAAUGUCAAGAUUCUCAGCGAUCAGACAAGAAGCAAUGAGGGCCGCCUUGGUGCUGUGGCCUGUCUGCAACUUGCAGUGAAGCACUUCGAGAUCAAUGACCACGUCUUGGCAAUCGGGGGUGACACCCUCUUCAAAGAAGAUUUCAGCCUCAGUAAAGUAAAAGAGAGGUUUUCUGACCUCCAAGCAAAGUGCGAGGACAGCUGCCUGGUGCUGUCGUACCAGUGCAAAGACGAGGAAACUCAUAAAUACGGGAUACUGGAAGUAGACAGUGAUCUUCGCGUCCUCUGUAUGAAGGAGAAACCUCUUCCUUCCGAGACAAAGUCGAGGAGAGCAUGUCCCUGUUUCUAUGUGUUUUCAAAGAAAAGCCUUCCUCUGUUGGAUACCUUCAUGGAAGAGAAGAAGGAGGCGCCUAUUGAAGAGAAAGAUGCUCCAGGAAACUUUGUGUCUUGGCUCAUUCAGAGAAAGCCAGUUUACAUUCAUCAGAUUUCCGGGCGCUUCGAUGUUGGAAACCUGCCUUCUUAUAUCGAAUGUGACCUUUACUUCAGAGAAAAACUUAAAGAUGUUGAGUCUUAUAUGGUGUAGAGAAAACAGAAAUGGACAAAAACACCAUAUUUAUUGUGCCGUGUUAAAAAAAGUAUCCAAGACAAACACACACAAAAGUUUUAAAUCUUAGCCUAUUUCGAGCACCUGUCACAUCUGUAACAGUAAAUCAAGAAUCUUAACUGUAAAUAUGCCAUUUUAUAACUUUUUUUUUUCCAUUAAAAUGAUUUUUAUAUGA